AUGUCCGGUCUCGAAAAGGCACUCUUCAACCUCAAGUUUACCUCCAAGCAAUUAAACAGACAAGCCGCUAAAGCGGACAAAGACUCACGCACCGAGCAGGCGAAGCUCAAGAAAGCCUUGACCCAAACACCACCACAGCCACAAAUCGCCCGCCUAUAUGCAAGCAACUCGAUCCGCAACUCCCAACAACGAAUCCAACUCCUCACACUGGCCGCCCGCAUCGAUGCCGUCGCCGCCCGCGUACAAACCGCCAUCACGAUGCGGACGGUGACGCAAUCGAUGGCGCAGACAGUCAAGGGCAUGGACGCGGCCCUAAAAAACAUGGAUCUGGAGAAGAUCGGCGCCGUGAUGGAGAAGUUCGAGUCGCAGUUUGAAGACCUCGAUGUUGUGACUGGAUACUACGAGGGUGUUGCCGGUGGGGUCGAGAGCCAGCAGAUCGGCGUCGAGGGCCAGGGUGAGGUGGAGGCGCUGAUGAACCGCGUUGCUGACGAGGCUGGUGUCGAGCUGUCGCAGGAGAUGCAGCAAAAGGUGCCAGAGAAUGAGCCGCCUCAGGCUGAGUCCGCCGAGAGGGCAAAACUUGAGGAGGGCCUUGGGGAUAGGCUGAGAGCGCUGAGGAAUUGA